CGCUGCUACGCGAGAACGUGCACUGUUUUCUCGACGCGUCGCUACUUAAGUGUACCGUCCAACCCCUCCAGGCAAUUUCUCUCCACCCUUCACCCAUUCCUCAUAUACCCAGAUACCCAUAGUUCCUUUACUAAUUCAACAUGUUCGUCUUCAAGCGUGAUGGACGCAAGGAACGCGUGCAGUUCGAUAAGAUCACAGCACGAGUGUCGAGGCUAUGUUAUGGCCUCGAUCCAGACCAUGUCGACCCGGCCGCCAUCACCAUGAAGGUCAUCUCUGGCGUGUACCAGGGCGUGACGACCAUCCAGCUGGACGACUUGGCCGCCGAGACCGCCGCAUACAUGACCACGACGCAUCCCGACUACGCCAUCCUUGCCGCGCGUAUCGCCGUGUCGAAUCUCCACAAGCAGACCAAGAAGCAGUUCUCCGCCGUCGUAGAAGAUCUGUACAGUUAUGUCAACCCCAAGAACGGCACGAGCCAACCCAUGAUAUCGGACUCUGUCUAUAAGAUCGUGCAAGACCACGCCGAGGAGCUCAACUCGGCCAUUGUCUAUGACCGCGACUUCAACUACCAGUUCUUCGGCUUCAAGACGCUCGAGCGAUCAUACCUCCUCCGCAUAAACGGCAAGGUGGCCGAGCGCCCACAGCACAUGCUUAUGCGUGUAGCUGUAGGCAUCCACGGCGAGAAUAUUGAGAAGGCCAUUGAGACAUACGACUACAUGUCGCAGAAGUACUUUACACACGCCUCGCCCACACUCUUCAACGCAGGCACACCAUCCCCUCAGAUGUCGUCCUGCUUCCUCAUUGACAUGAAGGAGGACAGCAUCGACGGCAUUUACGACACACUCAAGACCUGUGCCUUGAUCUCCAAGACUGCUGGCGGUAUUGGUCUCAACGUGCACCGCAUCCGUGCCACUGGCUCCUACAUUGGCGGUACAAACGGCACAUCGAACGGCCUCAUUCCCAUGCUCCGCGUCUACAACAACACUGCUCGCUAUGUCGACCAGGGUGGCAACAAGCGCCCAGGUGCCUUUGCCAUCUACCUCGAGCCAUGGCACGCUGAUGUCUUCGGCUUCUUGGACCUUCGCAAGAACCACGGCAAGGAAGAGGUCCGCGCUCGCGAUCUCUUCUACGCCUUGUGGAUUCCUGACCUCUUCAUGAAGCGUGUCCAAGAGAACGGCGAGUGGACGUUGAUGUGCCCCAAUGAGGCUCCUGGCCUCGCCGAUGUCUACGGUGACGAGUUUGAGGAGCUGUAUCACCGCUACGAGAAGGAGGGUCGCGGUCGCGAGACGGUGCGUGCCCAGAAACUCUGGUAUGCCAUUCUCGAGGCCCAGACAGAGACUGGUAAUCCUUUCAUGCUCUACAAAGAUGCCUGCAAUCGCAAGAGCAACCAGAAGAACCUCGGUACAAUUCGAAGCUCCAACCUUUGCACUGAGAUCGUAGAGUACACCGCUCCCGAUGAGGUUGCUGUGUGUAAUUUGGCCUCCCUCGCCCUCCCAUCCUUUGUAGAUUACAAGCGUGGUGAGUUUGACUUCGAGAAGCUACACGAAGUCACCCAGGUCGUUACCCGUAACCUGAACAAGAUCAUCGAGGUUAACCACUACCCUGUCGAGGAGGCACGUCGCAGCAACUUCCGUCACCGUCCUAUUGGUAUGGGUGUGCAGGGUCUUGCUGAUGCCUUCCUUGCUCUGCGCCUGCCAUUCGAGUCUCCAGAGGCUAAGAAGCUUAACAUCCAAAUCUUCGAGACAAUCUACCAUGCGGCCCUCACCUCCUCCUGCGACAUCGCAAAGGAGCUCGGCCCGUAUCAGACAUAUGAAGGCUCGCCUGUGUCUCAAGGUAUCCUCCAAUACGACAUGUGGAACGUCACCCCUACCGAUCUGUGGGACUGGGCCUCGCUGAAAGAGAAGAUUGCGCAGCACGGUGUUCGCAACUCUCUACUUAUCGCACCCAUGCCCACUGCGUCCACCUCCCAGAUCUUAGGCAACAACGAGUGCUUUGAGCCAUACACUUCGAACAUCUACUCCCGCCGAGUACUUGCCGGUGAGUUCCAGGUUGUCAACCCAUGGCUGCUCAAGGACCUGGUCGACAUGGGCUUGUGGUCCGAGAACAUGAAGAAUCGUAUCAUCGCCGAGGGUGGCUCCAUUGCAAGGAUUCCCAACAUCCCCGAAGAGACGAAGACCCUAUACAAGACUGUCUGGGAGAUCUCACAGCGAACUAUCAUCCAGAUGGCCGCUGACCGUGGAGCUUUCAUCGACCAGUCUCAGUCUCUUAACAUCCACAUGAAGGAGCCUACCAUGGGCAAGAUCACCUCGAUGCACUUCGCAGGAUGGAAGCUUGGUCUCAAGACGGGCAUGUACUACCUUCGUACUAUGGCCGCGUCUGCCCCCAUCCAGUUUACCGUUGAUCAAGAAGCUCUCAUGGUUGAGGAUACGAACAUUGCCAAAGCCCUCCCCAAAGUGAGGAAGCAGCCUGGAUUCCAAAACUCACCCGUCACUGCAUCGCAAACUCCAUCUUCAGCCCCAAGGCCGAUGUACGCAACAAAGACGCCUAAUGGUGGUCUUGAAUCGAACGGUGUGCCUACACCUGUCGCUACCCCGCCUCCUGCCUCGGAGAGCAAGGUUGGCCCUACCGAGAAUGCUCUCGCGAGCAAACCAUUCAAGGCUGACAUUGAAGACGGUGACAGCCCCAAGGUUCUCGCAUCUGACCCUGCUAGCAAGCCAGACGAAGAAGUGCUUUCUAAGAUGAAGCAGGGUGAAGAUGCUGAAGAUGAAAGCGAAGCAAGAGAUGGAGAUAUCUACGCCGAUGCUGCGCUUGCCUGCUCAAUAGAGAACCCUGAGUCCUGCGUCAUGUGCAGUGGUUAGGUGGACAUGUAUGAUUACGAUGUUUAUACGGAUGCAUACUAGAUGCCGGUAAGACAAGUAAAUGUCUUGUCUUGUAAUGUUCGGGCUCUGGCGUUGGAGGAUUUCGCGUUUGAACGCGUUGGUUACCGCGGGGGGGGGGGAGUGAGUUUAUGAGAUUUGAUCUGGAUUUGAUUCAUGUAGCGAAUUGAUGUUUCUUCAC